AUGGCUGCAAGAACCAAAGGAAAGAUGGUCAUUCGAGAGCAUGGUGAAGGCCCUGCGGCGAUGCUCGCCAUCGGCACGGCGAACCCGACGAACCUCUUGCUUCCCCAAGACAUGUUCGCCGACAACUUGUUCCGUGUGACCAAGAGCGAGCACCUCACUGAACUCAAGGAAAAGAUGAACAGAAUCUGUCAGAAAACGGGCAUUGAAAAGCGCCACUUCCACCUGACCGAGGAGACACUUGCCGCCCACCCGGAGCUCCUCGACAGGGAGCUGCCAUCCCUCGACGCACGCAUAGAAAUGGCCGCCACCGCCGUGCCGAAGCUCGCGCAGUCCGCGGCCGCCAAGGCCAUAGCCGAGUGGGGCCGCCCGGCCACCGACAUCACCCACCUCGUCUUCAGCACCUACUCGGCGUGGGAGGCCCCCAGCGCCGACCUCAAGCUGGCCACGCUCCUCGGCCUCCGCCCCACGGUCUGCCGCACCAUCCUCAGCCUCCACGGCUGCUACGGCGGCGGCAGGGCGCUCCACCUCGCCAAGGAGCUCGCCGAGAACAACCACGGCGCGCGCGUCCUCGUGGCCUGCGCGGAGACGACCCUCGUCUGCUUUGGCAGCCCCGACGGGGCCAACCUCGUGGGCCACGGAUUGUUCGGGGACGGCGCCGGCGCCGUCAUCGUCGGCGCCGGACCCUUCGGCGAAGGUGAGCGCCCGCUCUUCGAGAUGGUCACCGCCACGCAGACGACGAUCCCAAGGACCGAGCACGUGCUCGGCAUGCAGGCCACGGCAGGCGGCAUAGACUUCCACCUCGCCAUCCAGGUGCCGAUGCUGAUCGGACAGAACGUCGAGCGAUGCCUCCUCGACGCAUUCGACGGGGAUGCUCCGGGUUCCUGGAACGAGCUCUUCUGGGCGGUGCACCCGGGUGGCCGUCCCAUCCUGGAUAACAUAGACACGGUGCUCAAACUGGAGCCAGGUAAGUUGGCGGCCAGCCGGCAUGUGCUCCGCGAGUACGGCAACAUGAGUGGCGCCACCAUCGUCUUUGUGCUCGACGAGCUGCGCCGGCGUCGGAAGGAAGAGGAUGGUGGGCAUCUGCUGCCGGAGUGGGGCGCCAUGCUGGCCUUCGGUCCGGGAAUCACCAUCGAGACCAUGCUGCUUCGCUCUCCACGCUGAUCGAUUUCAGGGAGAAAUUUAUGCUACUACAAAAUUACAUAUACUACCGUGUAUGCGUACGUACUUAUACUUUGUGCGCGUGUGUAAAAAUGCAUGCAUGCAUGCUCACGUCAGUCAAGUCAAAGAACACAAACCACGUCCCAUAUAUAGCACGACAAAAGUAUAUGAGACGAAUGAUUACGUUACCUCGGUGCAAUAAAAUGAAGACCUUCAAAAGGAGAUGUAUUAUAGGUUGUAUAUGCCUAAGGAGAUGUCAAUAUUAAGACCUCCAAAAGGAGAUGUAUCUAUAUAGGUUGUA